AUGGUCUCCCCUUUCCCUCCAUCCUCGUCUUCCCCGGGCGAGGGACAGCUUGUCGUCGGCGUACUGCCGCAAAAAGUCUCGGCUUUGUCGACCAUCUCCUUUCAAUAUCCAUUGAAACUCAUAUCACCAUCACCAGCAGCGAAUCAGAAGAGUGUUCUUGUCUUCCUCCUAACAUAUGGCGGCGGUCUUGUUGGAGGCGACCAGGUCCACCUUACCAUCAACAUCAAAACAAACUCUAGAUUGAGUAUAGUCACACAAGGACAUACCAAGAUCUUCAAAUCUCCCUCCCCCGAAGUCAUCACUCGUCAAAAGCUACACGUGACUAUUGAACCCGGAGCUGCAUUAUGUCUGCUUCCUGAUCCUGUACAGCCCUUUGGAGAAAGUGUCUAUAAGCAAUCCCAAAGCUUCUUUGUUGCUGAAACCGGUUCACUCUGUCUACUCGACUGGGUUUCUGCAGGACGCACGGCAAGAGGAGAGGAUUGGGAUCUCUGGAGAUGGAGUGGCCGCAAUGAGGUUUGGUCAAUAGCACAGAUAGAGAAGAAACCAAGGCUGCUUCUCCGAGACAAUGUUUUGCUGGACGGCGUCACUAUGGGUUCUAGUGAAAAGGUUUUAAAGAAGAAAAUGCAGGGACUGGGUAUAUUUGGUACGCUAGUGCUGAAAGGACCCCUUAUGGAGUCUCUUGCAGCUUUCUUCCUCUCGGAAUUUUCUGCGUUGCCUAGGAUUGGAGGUCGGGAUUUCAGAUCGCAGGAAAUGAAGGACCACGACAGCACACUUGUAUUAUCUCCUCAAGAUUCAUGGAGGUCCUCUAGGUUGAUGCAGGAGAUGGAAGACAAAGUCCUCUGGUCUGCUGCAAAGGUCCGUGGCUGUACAGUGGUCAAAGUUGGAGCUCGCACUGUAGAAGGUGGCCGCUUAUGGAUUGGAAGUAUGAUCAAGGAAGAAGGAUCGGUCUCACACCAUUUCGGAGAGGAUGCGACAAUGUUCAAAGGACGCCGCACAGCGCGUUCGCCAGAGCAGGGGCGGGCCAUUCAUGAUUGUCUCAAGGCAUUCGAGACCUUUUUUCUACUUGCGAACGACCACUUUGAUCGACGUCUUCAGAACAUUCACCCACCCGAAGCGAAUGGCGCACCGCAGACCAUCCAAACUAUGGAGAGUUCGGGGGACCCUUUGACGGAACCUGAUGUAACCUGCUCAGUCUGCACUGAACCGUAUCAUACGGAGUUCGAACCUGGAAUCACCGAGUACCCGUUCCUAACAGCAUGCGGUCACGUCCUCGGCGCAGCAUGCUUGAAAAGAUGGCUAGAGAAUCAGUCGACCUGCCCGAUCUGCCGUUUCAACCUCGAGUUCCGCUGCGGUCAUCCGAUACCUCCGCGAAAGGCUUUCCCAUCUGGAGGUGCCACCCCACCAACCCUAGCCUUUGGAACAGGGGUCCCACGUUCAUGUCUGAAUUGUAGAUUGACGCGUCUCCAUGAAUAUUGGAGCGCUAAGAUCGACGAGUACGAAGGAGGGUUCGCAUAUAUGCAGAAGAGGUUAGAUUCCUUAAAUGCUUGGUUUCGGCUGUUUGUUGAUUCGGUGGGCGAUGCAGAUGUGGAGACUCAGAUAGGACUGCUGAACGAGUUUGAGUUUGACAAGGAGCAGAUCACUGACCAACUUGUGAGGGCUGAGGCUGAUUGGCAGACUGAUAUUGCGGAACUCUGGGAGGGGAUUAAAGUCUUCGACAAUCCCCAAUGCCCAUUCGAAGAACCAAAUCAAGCUCCCGUCAUUCAUAUCAGAAUGACUGUAUACAUUCUCUCCCUCCCACCUAAUGGUGCCCCCUGCCCUAUGGGAGUGGUGGCCCAAGUACCCCACCCCCCCUCCACGCCGGAUAUACUUAGUCAGCAGUCUUGUUUUGCUGACACUCCUGGGGAGAGUAGGGGAGAGCAGGGGGAAUACUCCGGACCACCUCUCUUCACGGGGAAGAGGGGGCACGAUUAA